AUGGAGCAUGUGAUCGAAUGGCCACCAAGAUUUGUAUCCCCAGAUGUUUCUGGAGCAGCUUUUCUUAUGCAGAGGGAGCUUCAGUGGUUUGAGGUACUUCAAGAGAGAAGUUUUGCCUGGCUAGAUAAUCCAUCGAGAGAAAAGCACGAGAAAACAUAUCGAGAAGCUUUUGUAGACAAACACAAGGAUUUGCUCAAAGAGGCGGGGCAAUGGAUGAAGGAUACAUCAUCAUCUUGUAGCUUCGUCGCGGCUCUCAUCAUUACGGUAGCUUUCGCUGCAGCUUUUACAGUACCUGGAGGCAACAACAGCGAUACAGGGAUCCCAAUCUUUCUGAAGAAAAGCUCAUUUAUGGUGUUCGCUGUUGCAGACGCUCUCGCUCUCUUCUCCUCUGUCUCCGCCACCUUGAUGUUCUUGGCUAUCCUAACUUCACGUUACGCUAUCGACGAUUUCCUCCGCUCACUACCAAGAAAAAUGAUAUUGGGCCUCACUUUUCUCUUCCUCUCUUUGGCCUUUAUGUUGGUGGCGUUCGGAUCUGCUCUUACGAUAGUCCUGGGCGAACGAUUGAACUGGAUUUACAUUCCAAUUACUUUGCUGGCUGCCUUCCCUGUCGUAUUGUUCGCAAUCCUACAGCUUCCCUUGUAUGUUGAAAUGGUCGAGUCCACCUACUGGCCUCGCCUCUAUCGUCCUCUGAAGCUUUGGAAAUGA